UUCACAUUUUCCGAGUUUCACAAGAAAUAAUUUCAAUACAUUCGAGUAGUGGUACUCAAACCAAAUAUGAACCUCCCAUGUCUACCUUUGUUGAGUUUGCAUCGAGUGAAGGCCGUGUUAAUCAGAAAGCCGAACCUGCUACACAUGAAUUUCCCCAAGCAUCCCGGAAACGAAAAGCAUUUUCAAGUAAGCUUGCUCAUAAAAGAUCUUAUACUACGGCAUUCCAGGCAAGCCAAUUACUAGAAAGUGCACUUGAGGCAGCUGAAGAUUUUACAUCUGAUAACCCGUUCUACAAAAUCCUUAUGCGACCCUCUUAUGUAAAAGGAGGCUACGUGGUGGUUCCUAAGGCUUUUGGGACCUCAUAUUUGAAAAAUAGAGUGCAGAUGGUGGCCACUCUUAGGGUAUCACUAUCAGAUGGGAGAACCUGGAAAGUCCGGUGCGUUUCUCGAUCACGGAAUACUAAGAAGUUAUCUCUAGGCUGGAAUGAAUUCGUGACAGAUAAUCAUGUGAAAGAAGGCGAUGCAUGCGUCUUUGAACUUGUUGACAGGAUAAAUUUCGAGAUGAAUGUUCACAUCUUCCGAGUAUGAACAUGGUACUGGAGAAACACACACGCUUGCAUAUAUAUAUAGUUACUUAGUAAUUACAGCAGUCUUGAGUAGGACUGCAGAUUUUUUUUGUUGCUUAUAACUGUUCUUGCAGUUUUGUAACUGGUUGUUGUAAAGUAGGCUUCCAUUUUGGCAGUACAGU